GUUCUUGCAAAUGGACGUCGCACUUGUUAUUAAAUCUGUUCGUUGGUUUUUGUUUAUAUCGUCACGUUACGACGUCUAAAACUUUUCAAAAUAGUUUAAAAUUCAGUUUUAAUACACUAGAAUGUAGUGCGUGUAUGUGAAACGGAUUGCAAAAGCUUUUUCUAUGUUGUUUGAUGCCUUUUACAUUUCGCCUCCUUGCGUUCAGGGUUUUAGUUGUUCUAAGUAAGUGUUUUUUUUUGGAACACAAUAUUCGAAAUUUAGAGACAAAGAUUUUUUUUUAAUUUCAUGCAAACAACAGUUUCGUGUUAAGUUUACAAGUGUUUCUAGUUAAAUUUAAUGAUUCAAAAAUAUAUAAUGUUAAUUUUAUAAGUUUAUCUAGUUUUAAUAGAAGAUGGCCCUAUGCGAGAGCCAGCUUGACUCUGGCCUGGGAAAGCUGAAAAGGGAAGGUAAAUCUGCCGAAGUGCCCAAGGACUCGCCAGAGAAGAGACUGAAAAUGGAUCAUAAUGGAAUUUAUAAUUUGGAUCAAGUGCCUGCUGGUUUGCCGGGGGGUCUGCCGCUCAGUGUCGAUUACCGAUCGCCUGUCUCUCACUUCGUUCCGCCAGCCGUCGAGCUUUACGCGGCGAGGCACAAACAGGAAGCCAUGCAUGCACAGUCGAGUGUGACUACUACAACACCGAUGAAAAGAAAACGCGGCAGACCGAGAAUCGACAAAUCAAGCCCGGAGUAUUUAGCUAAUUUAGCCGCGAGAAAGCAGGCUAGAGAAAUGGCCGCAAUGAUGAACAGCAGCCGUCAGCCUUCAGAGCCGGGCGAGAAACGGAAGCGGGGUCGGCCCAGAGUCGAUAAGACCAGUCCCGAAUAUUUAGCCAGGAAAAGGGUUAGGGAACUGGAAGCUCUCGAUCGUAAAGCUAAAAAGGAGCACAAAAGACGCACCGGCGGCGCAGCGAAAAGUCUACCACGAAGCGUCAAAACUUCGACAAAUCGCCUACCAAAAAACGUACAAAAAAACAACAUGGCCGUCAGCGUUAGAAAACUGCAACAGAAACUGGUUAGAAAGAUUGCCGAUAAAAAGAUUGUAAUGCGGAGAAAUUCGAAAUAUAUGAAAAGAAAAGAUUCGGCCACGUCUUCGUCCACGGGCGAGUUGAUCCCGAAAGCGAAGCGCAAAUACACAAAGCGAACGCCCGACUCGAAGAAAGAAUCUAACACAACGGAUAAAGUGAAGGGAAAACGCGGAAGGCCGAGGAAAAACGAGCAGGUGUCGGCAAAUAACAAACAAAUGCCACAAGCUAAAAUAAGAGUGAGGAGUAACCUCAUGCCGGACAGCUCCGAACCCAUAAAUUUGGACAGCGACGAAGAGCCCGAUCUCGGAUCCCCGAGCCAAACCUCAGAUUCCCUGAGCCUGGAUGAGAAUCUACGCGCUUUAAGGCACAUACACGAGAAAUACGCCAACAUCGAUAAGGACGACCUGUACGAAGCACACUUGUUGGCGGCGAACUUCAAGAAACCUUCCCAGGACUCCGGUCAGAGGAAUCGUGACGAUGACGACGUGCUAUCCAUCAGGAGCUCAGACGGGAACGGUUCCGUGAAGGACUUAGACUCGAGGGUCGAGAAGCUGGAGGACGGCUCCGACUCCGACACGGGCAGCACCAGCUCUGGCUCCGGCUCGUCAAGCUCCGGAUCCAGUUCGUCGUCGAGCUCCGGAAGCUCCAGCUCAUCAGACAGCUCCGAUUCGGACUCGGGGUCUGAAGACGAGAGGCCCAAAGAGGAGCAGCCUCCGAUGGCCCACAACGAGGACGACAGCCGGUCGUUCGGUGCGUGGUCGCACAGCGGGCCGGCGUCCGACUCGGACACGGAUCCGGAGCGCGCGGCGGACGUGCCUCCCCCGCAGGAGAACGACGUCAGCGAGAGCGAGAACGAGUCGCCGGACAAGAGCUUCCAGUGCCACAUAUGCCGGAAGUGGUAUUCCACGAAGGUCACGUUAAAAAUACACAGACGCAGCCACCAGAACAGGGGAGGAGGAAAUUCUAGGUCCAGGACUCGUUCCUCAGACAGAUACGAGUGUGAUUGCUGCAACGAGACGUUUAAUAGACGCGAGAAACUAUGGGAGCAUAAGGCUGAAGCUCACCGCGGCUCCAUGACGGUGCGCUGCGAGGUGUGCAGGAAGUGCUUCGAGGACGACUCCGAGCUGGCGGCCCACGACCGCACGCACACGGACGACGAGCGAGCCGGUAGGUGCGGGGAGUGCGGGGCCACGUUCCAGCGGUACGAGCAGCUGCGCCGACACCGCUCGUGCGCGCACGGCGCCGCGCCCGACGGCAUGCCGCACGCCUGCGCGCAGUGCGGCAAGCGGUUCUCGCACGCGCACUCGCUCACCCGCCACCUGCACAACCACGCCAAGCAACUGUACCGCUGCGUCGUGUGCAAGGCAUCGUUCGCGCGAGCCGACCAGCUGGCGCAGCAUCUCAACAGUCACUUGGCCAACUACAAGCGGUUGAAACCUUAAAGCACAGGGUCGGAUCAAGGUGCAAAGGCCCUAUGACACCGAUCACAGGGCCGGACUCGGUCGGGGGUCACACGGACCCAGGGGGCUCGAAUCAUCUCACUUCACCGUUACGUGUUCUAUAGAAGCGCAUUGAAUUUGUUGUUAUUUUAAUUGCGCGACGAAAAACAACUGGAAUUAUGUUUGAAAUCAUUUUUCGUGAAUUCCUUUUUUUUAUGAAGUUUUGAUAGGAAUUGUAUGAAUUGUUAUAAUUGUAUAAAUAUUAUGAAUUUUAAUUGCUCACGCCUAUUUUUUAUGUAGCAAAUAUUGGUUGUGCUCUGUACAGGACGGACCGCGAUAGACUCGAAGCUAUAAAAGAUGUGUUUGUUCAGGAAGUGGAACUUCUUUUGGCACGGUGACGCCGCAUUAGCUGUAGCGAAACGUAUCCCGCCUGAAGAAGUUACACUUCUGUAACCCGGUAUUCUUUGAAAUGAAUCUACAAAUAAUCCAUUAUGGACUGCUCGCCAUAUUGCGACGAAAACAUUGCCUUUCUCCCCUGAGACGCGCCACACAUAUCAAGUCACGCAAGACCCUAUUCGUUCAAUUUGUAAAUCCAACCCCUUUCAUUAGGGACUCGUUACCAUCAAUCGAUCUAAUCUAGUUCAAUCCAAUAGAAACUUUAAUACAUACACAAACGGUGGAUUAAUCUAUAAACACUUUCAAUUGUCUCUAUUAUUAAUUAGGUUAAAAAAAAAAUAAACCCUCGCUUAACUACUAGAGCGAAAGGGCGCUUUUGAACAAUGACGUCACCGUUCAAAAGCUCCUUUUCUGUACGAAGAGUAGACAAAUGAGAAUCAUUUUACGGAGGCAAUCGUAAUUGCUAUCAGAUUACGAAGCAUUGAGAUCUUUUGAGGCUUCGAGCCUAUUGAGACCUCCGUCUGGGCCGUUUUGGUACUUUCUGCUUCAUGUGUUCAAAGAGGAAUGCUAUCAUUUCUUAUCCAUCGCGUUAGAAGCACUGCUUCCAUCCACAUUGGUCUCGACAGAUCUAUUCUGAGUGUCAAUGACGAACGGCCGAGAAUUAGCAAUGGUCACUUACCGUGAAACGGGCCUUACGUAACCGCGAAGUACGUCUUCGGGUCUAUCCGUCGACAUCCGUGUCCGCUUAACGUCGAAUGAGACGUCCGCUCGCACCCCGAAAUCCUUAUCGACAUACCCACAUACCACGAAGACUUAAAUAAAAUUAUACAUCAAUUUAUAUUAUAUACGUACACUUUUGUUUAUUUUUUUUAUAUAUAUACUAAUACAAUCUUCUCUGAAAUCAUGUAUGAAUUAAUUUUACUGUCGUCUCUUAUUGUUUACCGUCAUAAGAAAAGGAUGACGCGAUUUUAUCAAUCAUAUUAUUCUAAUGAUGACUUGCGUAUCGACAUAUGAUGAUAUGAUAAAAUAUGGAGGUUAGAAUGAUGUAAAAAGCACCGUCUCGGUGUAUUAAAAAGAGAUUAACUUCUUAUGGGAGGGUAGAUCGCUUCGUUACGUAACGCGUUACGGUGCCAGUCUGUCUGGCUUCUCUUUCUCUCACGCACACGGCAGCGGUAGUAGAACGUAUGUAACUCCCUAACUAUUCAUAUAUUUUUCAAUUUAUGUAACAAAUUUUCCUUACAUUAUCAUAUUAAUAUGCAUAAAGUUUAAGUAAUAACCUAAGCUUUUCUCAAGUUAAACAAUUUCAAUAUUAAAUAGUUCAACUUAGAUUAGUUUAAGUUGUCACUUCUGUCGGGCGUCCCAAGACGCAAUUUUUUUUUUUUUUUUUUUCCGUGUGUCAUCUUCGCUUCAUCCAGUUUCUGUCUUUGAAUCUCUCGUAUCUUCCGGGUGAUUUUAAAAAUAUACAAUAUUUAUAUACUUGCAUUUCCUAGUUUUAAGUGUAACAUUGACGAGAAUUUUUUAGGUUGUGUUCAGCUUGUGCGAAUAACAAAACUAUUAUAAUAAGAGACGAUAUUUUCUUUAACACUAAACUGACUAAUGGUUCUUGUAGGGAAGAUUCUGUCGCUAUUUGUCAAAUUGACCGGUAAUUUGUUAAACAAAAAAUGCCGACCUUAUAUAAUUGGUAUUUUUAGAAAAGAGAAAAUAUCAGUGUUAGUAAAAAGAAAAAAAAAACUAUGAAAUUACUUAUAGAGAGAGCGAAAGGCUGUUUGGUUUAACAUUUUUGCAAAAUUAUAGGAGAGCCAUUUA